UAAGUACUGAGUAUAUGGGCACACUGUUACACCACACGCGGCCUUUCGUAGAUAUUUUUAUUUAUAAAUCCACACCGCAUCAAAAUGGUUUCGCAGCAGCAAAUCGAGGCCAUUGGAGGCGUCCUGAACAACAAGGACCGCCCGCUUAAGGAGCGCUUUCGAGCUCUCUUCACGCUGAAGAACAUCGGCGGAGGCACGGCCAUCGAGGCGAUCAGCAAAGCCUUCGACGAUGAUUCCGCCCUACUCAAACAUGAGCUGGCCUACUGCUUGGGUCAGAUGCAGGACGCCCAGGCGCUGGACAUCCUCACCAAGGUGCUGAAGGACACUGCCCAGGAGCCGAUGGUGCGCCACGAGGCUGCGGAGGCCAUGGGAGCCAUCGGGCACCCAGAUGUGCUGCCAAUUCUGGAGGAGUACAAACAAGAUCCAGUGGUGGAGGUGGCCGAAACAUGUGCCAUUGCUCUGGACCGCGUCCGCUGGCUGCAGAGUGGUCAAAAGGUCGAUGACAGCAACCCCUACGCCUCCGUUGAUCCCUCACCACCAACUGCGGGCGACAAGAGCGUCACCGAGCUGAAGACCAUUUAUCUGGACCCCCAGCAGACCCUGUUCGAUCGUUAUAGGGCCAUGUUCAGCCUGCGCAACCUGCGCACCGAAGAGAGCGUUUUGGCCAUUGCCGAGGGACUGAAGGACUCCUCCGCCCUCUUCCGCCACGAGGUGGCCUUCGUCCUGGGCCAGCUGCAGGAACCCUGUAGCAUUCCCUUCCUUCAAGAGAAUCUGGAGGAUCGCCUGGAAAACGAAAUGGUGCGCCACGAGUGCGCCGAGGCCCUCGGCGCCAUCGCCACGGAGGAUUGCAUUCAGAUCUUGAACCGCUACGCCGAGGACGACAAGCGCGUGGUCAAGGAGAGCUGCGUCAUCGCCCUGGACAUGUGCGAGUACGAGAACAGUCCGGAGUUCCAGUACGCCGACGGCCUGGCCAAACUAGACGCCACCAAUCGUUAAACGAAACUUAAACGUGACUUCCCUGUUGUUUUCGAUUAACCUGCUGGAGGGAUGAUUCAACUGAUGGGAAUGGUGAUGCUGAUGGGUGGCUAGUAUUCCAAGGAUUUCAUCAUCUAUAAUAAAAAACUUGUCAGUCUUUUGUUUUUAAA